AUGCAGGCGCACUACUAUCAUUCCUCGAGUAGCCCGAACCAACCAGGAGGGUCAUAUGAACUUCCUCCGGUGCACGCGGUGACCUCGCCUCCAGCUCCAUUUCAACCGCAUGGGCCCGCACCUGCUCCUCUACUCUCCGCUCCGCCGAGUCGACCCGACAGCGGGUUGAGGAUGGCCCAUCUACUGCAACCGUUGGCACAACAUAUGCCCAAUCCCCCCCCACCUCCCGUUACAAAUGCUCCCACCUACGCUCGUUCAUACGAGUCGAGUGGCUCUCCUGCUGAAGGCGCAUCGAUGCUCGCCGAUGCGCCUCCCCUCAAUGGUCCCGGAUUGCUUCAGCCGAUGGGCGGAGGUGCUGCGGCUGGACCGCACCCCCAUCAUCAGUCACAGCAGCCUUUGCAGCAAAAGAGGGCCUAUCGACAGCGAAGAAAGGACCCCAGUUGUGAUGCCUGUCGGGAACGCAAAGUCAAGUGUGACGCUUCCGAGUCGUCCAGUUGCACAGAAUGCACCAACCGUAAAGUGCGCUGCCAGUUUACAAAGGAGACGAAUCGACGCAUGUCUUCAAUCAAGCAAGUCCAAGACCUCGAAAAGCAGCUGCUGUCGACCAAGCAACAACUACAGCAACUUCGGUCGGGCAUGUUACGAUCGGACAAUCUGAUGGAUCUGGAUAUUGAUGGUGCGGGGCAGCCUCAGCUAAAGCUGCCGGACGCCGGGUAUCGUCCCCCGCGCCGGCCACAAGCGCCUGUGAUGCAGGAUCUGGCCGAGGCUCGCGCAAAUCUGCGAAAAUACGGCAAAGGGAUCCUGAGGGUGCCACCUCCAUACCGUCAGCCGGGCCCCAAGUCCUUGAUCACCGCUGAUCCUCCACGCCUUCCCCCGAAGGAGCUGGCCAAUCGCUUGCUGGGACAGUAUUAUGCUUGCAUUCACUCCGUCCUGCCUGUAAUCCAUUGGCCGACUUUUGUCGCCCAAUUUGAGGAGGUCUACCAAGCAGGAACCCUCCUCGGCGUGCCCCGUGAAUGGGCCGCGGUUCUAUUUGGAGUCUUUGCAUGUGGGCGUUUGCACACCCUGGAAGCGAAUCGGGAACAGGAAGGAAAAGAAUUCGUGACCGUUAGUUGCGGGGUGAUUGAUGUAUGGCAGGACAACUUCACCCUGGACCAGGCACGGGCGGCGCUGCUGGUCAGCAUUUUCUUGUACGAGGUUAAUUCUCAGUCGGCGAGUUGGGUCUGGAUUGGGUCCGCAAUCCGAGUCGCGCAGGAGAUUGGCCUGCAUUUGGAGUCGGGCCCUUGGCCCCCUCUGGAAGGUGAGAUGCGGAAGCGGUUAUGGUGGGGGAUGUACACCUGGGAUAGGCUUCUCGCUUUGGAGAUGGGAAAACCAGUUCUCAUCAACGAUCAAGACUGCGACGUAGGCCUCCCGUGUCCCAUCGACGAGCAAUAUCUUUCAGACGGCGGUGUGGUACCGGAAAGCCCCCAAACGUCCCCAUUACUGGCCACCAUUCAUGUGGUUCGAUCAAUCGGCCAGCUGUCCCGAACGUUGAAAAGUCCGACAAUGAGUCUCGGAACCCUUGAGACUUUCGAACGACACUUUAGCACCUGCCUCGCAACCUUCCCUCCUCAAUAUCACCCUACAGCCGACCAGUAUCUCGACCCCCGCACCCUCGCCCCGAUUCUCUACCUCCAAAAUGCUCGCCUGAUCCUCCACCGUCAUAAUAUCUCUCCUUUCUGUCCUCCUGAAACUCGAACAUCAUCAUUGGACUAUUGUGUUUCCACCGCCCAAGAUACCGCUCGCUUACUGUCCCGCUGUAUGCGACCACCAUCCAGCCCUGGAAGUGGAUUUACGGCCACGAACGGUGACGACUGGAGGCCCCUGCUGGCGUCCUCCGCAGGAACCAUGCUGUGUGUGCACCUCUGGCGCUGUGCACUUCUACUCCUCUUUCGCCAGGAUUUCGCUCCUGCUCUCGUCUGUGUCCAGGCGUGUACUGCUAUUGGUGAUUCGCGCGCCGUGAAUAUGGCCUGUGGACGCUAUCUUGCGUUCUUCCUCAAAGUGGUUUUGGACCGGCUACGGCGCAACGAAUUAGCAGUGCUCGAGCGUGACGAAGAGUUGAUGGUUUAUGUAUCCGGCGACAUGCAAGGAAGCGCCGAAGGUAACUGGGUCUGGCAGGGCAGUGAGACCGGCUCGCAGCUGGAAGUGAUGUCGCCCAAAGUCAGCAGCCCGGUGGCAUAUUCCCAUCCGGAGGCCAACGCAGGGCCAGAAGGGUGGGAGGGGUGGAAGUGGGUAGAGCAGACGGUGCAAUACCUCCACGAGAGACAGCAACAGCAACAGCAACAACAAGAUCUUCAGCAUCGUACCAAGCCCGCGGAAACGGCAUAUCUUGGGCCGGAAUCAGCCACCGCGAGCUCUGAUGCGACGACUCCGCAGUCGAGCUCGUCUCAUUCGCGCAUGACCAUCGCGAGCAUUAUCUGA